AUGCCGCCCAGGAGGUCGAUCGGGGCGAGGAAGAAGAUCGUGAAGACCACUCGGGCGGUACGCAAGACGGCAACAUCGAAAGCUGCUGCUGCUGCUGCUGCCGCCGCAGCCGCCGCCGCCGCUGCUGCGGAGACAGCUGGUUCUGAGACGGACACAGAAAUCCCACAGCAGGAGACGGCCGUGGAAACCCUUCCUCACGAGACGGGGGCGGAAAGCCCCAUUAUUGGAAGCCCCGUGGACGUUGAGACAGUAGCCGCCGAUACGACCGCCAUUGUGGAUGAUGAAGCCACCGGAGGAUCCCCCUUCACAGAAGGCCGCUCUCCACCUGCCGCCUCGGAGGGCCAGUCGUCUGAUUGGAUACCUGAUACUGACGCUGCCCCCGGCCCCUCUGAGGAAGCCCGCGAGGGGGCAGAUGGUGGCGCCGUGGCAGGCGUCGAAGAGCCCGCUGCUUCCCUUGGAAAAACCUCAGAGGUGGCCGAGGUUGCCACCAAAUCGCCGGCAGCGAGAACCACGAAAAGAGUGCGUAAGGUGACGAGGAAGGUCCCUGUGAAAAUCACCCCGAGGAAGGUAGCAUCUGCGGUUGUGGAGGAAGAGAAUGAAACUGGAGGACGAGAGUCCGCCCCAACUGCGUCUAUGGAAGGGGAUGAAAAGCCUAUAGGAACUGAGGCUACCGUCUCCGAAUCUGUCGAGGAGAAAAACCUCAGUUGUAAUCCUGGCCAAUUGUCUGCGCCACAGGGGCCUACCUCGCAUGAGGAAUCGAAUGUUUCUUCUGCUACGGAUACAUGUGCUGAGGGAGCUACAUCCAUUGUGGUGCCACAGAAGAAAGUGAGGAAGGUUAAGAGAAUAGUUCUCGUCAAGAAAUAUGUUAAGAAAGUAAAAGUUUCUCAUCAGAAUGAGAAGCUGGAAGAAACGGAAGGGACGGUGGGAGAAAAGCUCCUGAUCUCUGGCAAUGAUGCAGAGGCUAAUAAAUCAACCGAAGCAAUGGGUCCUGAUUUGGAAGCGGAGUCUGCUUCUGCCGCUGAUGGGGCUCUGAAAAUGGACCAGGAUAUCAUGAGAGGGACAGGUCACUAUGAAUCUGAAAGUGGGGAUGCUGCUGGGAUUGAAGCAGGACUGGGUGAGGGUGCUGGCACUAGUAGCCAGGAUGUUGGUGAUGAGAUGAUGGGGAUGAGUGAGCGCCAAAAACGGAAAAAGACGGAGAUAUUCAUUGGAGGUUUGGAUAAGAAUGCUAUGGAGGACGACAUAAGGAAGGUGUUUGGGAAGGUUGGGGAGAUUGUGGAGGUUCGGAUGAUGAUGGAUGGAAAGACGGGUAAGAACAAAGGGUAUGCUUUCUUAAGGUAUGCCACAGCAGCACAGGCAAAGCAAGCUGUUACUGAGUUCUCCAAAGUUGAGGUACGUGCCGAGAUAUGAUUCUCUUAAGUUCUAGAAAUAUUUUCCCUUGAUAAUGCUUGCUUAUUAAUUUUAGGUCACCUCGUCAACUACCCUUAUCCUCAGAAAAAGAAGUAGGCCUUCAGAAUUUAUUGAGAAAAAGGAAGCGAGACCAUUUUUAGUCUCGUUUGCCUGUCAGUUAUCAACAAACAGGGAGCUCAGCUUGUGUCAGUUAUCAAAUUUCUUUUGUCCUUUCUGAUUGGGAUCUCAGUUCUGUAGGUGCUUUUAUUUUUAUUGCCCUCAAUUGAAAGGGAAGGGAAAUUAGAACUCGUUUCAUUAUUUCACUCUGAAUGUGUGUACUACAUAUUAUAUUGUUUGCAUCUAGAUGAGAUUGCUUUAUUUACUUUUUUUUGUGCGAAACUAUGGUAAUAAAAAAAUUCGCUGUAACUAGAGUAGUAUAAAUUAGUUCGUGGAAUGUACUAAAAAAGAAUAUUAUGAUGGAAUAGUUGAUCUCACUUGUUCUUCAUAUUUUAAGAUACAUUUCUAAUUAAUGAUUCACACAAUUAAAAAAACUAAGGAGACAUAAGAGAUUAAGUUAACCAUUCAAUAAUCCUACUUCAUACAUUGCAAAUUAUGAAACUUGUGGAAUGACCCUGAUCUUUUCCUUACUAUGACACCUUCCAAAAUUCCAACUUGUAACUAACAUUUUCCCCUUAUCUUACAAUCUAUCCCACCCCAAGAAUCUGUCGAUGACAUUUUGGCUUGACAGACUGAGAUUGAUGAUUCUCAACUUUCACCAUUUGUCCUCUGUUUCUAAGCUCUUUUAAGUUCCGUAUCAUUCACUGUCCUUUAUUGUUUUUAAUGAACAGUGGCCUGUGGUGAAGUCGUCUGUUUAUUUCGAUCAAGAGGAACAAAUAAGCACUAGAUAUUGCAGGGAGAUAGUUAUUCUUGAAAUUCCAUUUCAUAGUCUGAUUUCAAUAUAAUCGGGCAUAUUUGAGGGGGCCUUGACAGCCACCUUGAUGCUGAAAAAUUUCAACUUCAGUUUUCCAAUUGUCUGCUUGUAUCUCCUUAUGAUUGCCAGGCUGUUUAUCAAUAUUGUACGGGAUUUUUAGAAUAUGGAAGCCUUAUAUGGUACGUUCAACCAUCUGGCUGACAUCAAAUAUUUUUUCUCUGACACAAAAUAUGAUGCAUAAUUUUACUGUACUUUACACAUCAAUGUGACCAUAGGGAUCUGAAGAGUAAACUGAACUUGGAUAAUAACUGGAUGUUUUAAGAGUUGAUUUAAUGCUUCAUGGACUUUUUCAUCUUCUCUACCCUCCUUUUUCUGGUCUAGAUGGGUUACUGCUGUGCCUGUCAACUGUGAGAUAGGAUGUUGCACACUUGGCAGACAUCAUUGGUAUCAGUCAGGAAUGCAAGGCCUAACCACCCAAGAUGAUUGUGACUUGUCCUAGGCAAUCUUUUGGCCAUUUGGAAUGAUCAUGGGAGUCGGAUCUUUAAACACUAGAACUAUUCGAUGGACAGGGUAGCCAUAUCCUUCUGGUCUGAAGUGAGACAGUGAACUUCAAGCUUUUUAAGAGGAAAGGGCUUCAGUAUUUAAUCUUGAGGUGUUUGAGGUCCUGGAAUGGUCAAUAGCUUCUUCGUGCAGAACAUGAAACUAUUGCAGAAGCUAUUUUUUAUGAGAAUUCAUCGGGUAUUGCUUGUAUAUUCUUCUUUUAAAAUUCAAGGCUCAAUAGUUACUAUCUGCAUUAACGUAGCCACGGUAUUUGUUUUGGAAACCUCAAUGCUGUUUGGGUUCUUGAUGAUAAGAGUUUUGGCAGUUAUUGUAUAAAGAAUGAUGACACUAUUCAAUUACAAGAUGCAUGAGAUGCAAACAUUUAGUUUAAAACUGGUGUGAUGUCAGUCUGAGUUGUCUAAUAUGUUUACCAAGAUUGGAAGCGCCUUGCAACCCUAAUGCUGAAACAACCUCUAUAGAUUGCGCGAAAUUUAGUUUGUGAAUUGAGAACUCCAUGUUGUAAUGUUCUAACGAAAUUUAAUUUGUGAAAUGAGAACUCCAUGUUCUAAUCUUCAGACGAAAUUUAGUAUGUAACUUGAGAACUCCAUGUCUAAUCUUUUAAGUGUUAUAUAUACAGGAGUAAGGUUUGAGAUUAGGAAAAUACUCUGUGACAGGGAUUUCGUUGCCACUGGCAUCUUUAAAAUUUAGUCUUAUUGUUUUACUUAUCUAUUGCAAGUUUACAUGUUUUCGCCAGUACAAUCUCAGGAUUUUUUUUCGAAAUCAAAUAUGUUUACAAUAUUUUGCUUUUAUUUCGUACUAUGGUCUCUGAUUUUUUUCUUUCUAAAUAUACUGGCGUUCGUAAUUAACCGUAGGUUUGUGGAAAACAAUGUGGGGCGGCGGCUCUUCAGGGCAAUGACACAUUAUUUCUCGGAAACAUUGACAAAACGUGGAAGAAAGAUGAUGUAAAUUUCGAUGUCUUGGCUAUCACGUCUCUACAAUUUAUUUCAGUGUUCUCAUUUCAUCAUAUGAGUUAUUUUUAAAUAUCUUUGCUUAUCAGGUCACCAAGAUAUUGAGUGAGCUUGGAAUUGACAAGAUUGACUCCAUGACACUGAUGCCCGAUCCUAAAGAUCCUAACUGCAACCGGGGUUUCGCAUUUCUUGAUUUUGAAACAAAUAAAGAUGCACAGAUUGCUUUCAAAAAACUUCAAAAGAAAGAUGCUUUUGGCAAAGGACGUAUUGUUAAAGUUGCUUGGGCAGAACCAAUUAAUGAUCCAGAUGAAGAAGAGAUGCAGAAGGUGCCUUUCUUCCCCCCAAUUUUUUUAGAGUUAACAUUGGUAAAACAAUGCCCAAAUACUUUUUCAAUUCAUUUUCCUAAUUUUUGGAGGUUUUGCUCUUGUGCCUGUUCAGGUAAAAUCUGUAUUUGCUGAAGGCAUUCCUCUUUCUUGGGAUGAGAAAAAAGUAAGGGAGUGCUUUAAAAUGUAUGGACAAAUUGAACGAGUUGUACUUUCUCGGAAUAUGCAUUCAGCAAAGAGAAAAGACUUCGCUUUUAUUAAUUUCACCACUCGAGAAGCUGCACUUUCCUGCAUCGAGUCAUUUGAUAAGGAUAUGAGUAUCAAUGGCGCUCAGGUUCUAGACUUCUUACUAUGUCAGAGAGUUAUUAUGACUUUGCUGCUGUAGUGCAGCAUUUUUGUAAUCAUAUUCAUUUUUGUUAAGCAGGUUAGAUUGAAGGUGUCUUUAGCCAAGCCUAUGCAGAAGGGCAAGAAAAGCAAAGCAGGAACAAGAACUAGUGAGAAAGAUAAUUUCAAGGGAAAACCAAAGACAGUUCAACUUGAGUUCUCUCGUCUUUCAGGUUUAGCCACACAUCUUUUUUUUUAAUGACCUUUUUUUUCAACCAAUGACAGCUUGAUUAAACAAUGCGGUCCUUGGUUAUUGAAUGCCCUUUCCUCAACCACAUCUUGCUUAUGAGCAAUUGAUUAAUACUUUAUUUUUUUCCCUGGCGAGUAUGAUUCAUUUAUUCAAAUUGAAGGUCCCUCUACAUUGUUUAUGAACUCAGGCCACAAUGCUCAUUACCGAAAAUUUCAUAAACAAUGAUCAUUUUCUUAUCACUGCUUACCGAAAAUUUCUUCUUUGGCUUUAUUAUCCUUAUCUUCUACUUCUUGUCCCAUUCAUGAAAAAGGUGAGUGGUGGAACCCUGCGAACCAAUAGCAGCAGUCACCUCCUCUGACUUUUAGUCCGGUGGUCCUGGAAUGGCCAGAAUGACUAUCUUCAAUUUGUGAUUCAUCUUCUCCCUCUUGAGUAUUUCUCUCUUAUUUUCUUCCUUUAAUUCUUCUUAGGUUUGAUCUUAUUGUACCUCUUCCCUUUUUUUUUCUCUUCGCAUUGAUGGCUCUCUUCUUCUCUGGUAAUACUCUGCCUUGCGUUUACUUUCUCUUUCUCUCUGUCAAGUCCUUCCUCUGUUCAGGUAGGUUUACCUGAACUGUCUUUGUUAGAAAUGCAAUAAUGUUCAGGCAGCUUAGCUGAAACUAGGAUGGAGAGGGCCAUCAGAAGCCAAGCUGGGUGUUGUGGGAGAACAUGGGUCUUGUUAACUAUGCUCAUAUGACUUGGUUGUACAGAGCUUCUGAUUUGUGCACUGAGAAUUUCAGGCUAUUUUCUUAUAGUCAUUUAUCCUUCAUAGUUUCACUUCUGCAAUUAUCCUCAUGGUAAUUUUCAGAGAGUGAAAGGAAAUCUGCAUCUAGUAUAUUCUAUUUCAAAAUGGGAGGCAAAAGAUGUCUAAUUCCAGUCUUUGCCAAAUCUGAGGUAGUUAGCUUUGGCAAUUUCUAUCCACAAAGAGCAAUUUUCCCUGUUGUGUCAUAACACUUCUGCUAGAUGCGUGUUGUUCAAAAUAUUGAGGUUAAUGAAACUCCAUUCCCACUCCUUUUGCGAAUUCUGUCCCACUACAAAAAGUGAGACUCCUUCCAAAAUAAUGCCUUGAGGGUCCUAUUUUGGGGAUCAAAACCAUGCUGUCUGUGGCACCAUUUUGAUGGAGCCCAGGUAACACAAUACAUCGGUCAACUGAAAGACUCUUAAAUUAUGGUAUGGGAAAAAGUAUUAAAGGCAAACUAGCCAAGUGAGCAUACAGUCUCAAAUUUCCAUGCAUUUGUGCAAUAUCCAGAUCAUCAUUUCAAUAUCACAUGUGUCAAAUGAGUGUGAGGGAAAGAUUAUUGCGAAAAAAUUCAAAUCGAACUCCUUGAAUUAAAGUUUCUGCCAACUCGUUAAAGCUAAUCCUAUAAUGCGCUGGGAAAAGGAGAGGGGAGGUGAGUCUUCUGACUCAGUGGACAUUUUUCAUUUUGCCUUUCAGAACAGAGUACAUGUAUGAAUAAAAAUUCUGAUAUUAAUAUUUCGAACUUCACGCAUUAUAGUAGUAACAAUGUUAUAUCUACAGUACUCAUAAUGGUGCAUCAACAUGGAACAGUGAAAGUAACCCAUGGAAUAUUAAGAAAUGGGAUGUCCUGUAUGUGAGGUUUCUUCUGGAUGGAAUGUGUGGCGUGGCUCUUGCUGGUACUCUGUGACUUUGAUCUUUUGUUUUGCUUUCCUCAAGAAGGGACCUUGCUAUGAGUUAUUCCCUUUGAAGCCUAGUAGUCUGCCACUUGUUAUUGGGAACUCCAUUGAUGGAUGUAAGUUAACCUGGAAAGGCCUUGCCACUUUGGUGAAAGUGCUUCAAGGUUUACUGAUCUAUAAGGCCUUGCCACUGUGCUAAUAACCACUUCCCACAAUAAAAAUCCUCCCUUCCGGAAGAAAAUGUUGUAUUAGAUGUGUCGAUACUAAUAUUUUUCUCUUUGGAACCUUCAGACUCUAUCCUAGUCCAGUCGGCAAUUAGUAGAAUCUUCGGUUAUCUUAAUUUCCUCCCUUUUAGAAAAAAGUGCUCAUCUGAACUUCAAUCCUUUGCCCUUAAGUCGUGUGUAGGAUUUCGAGUGCUCAUAUGUAAUUAGUGAAAGUGAGUAGGACCGAGUUGGAAAGAACUUAUCUCUCUUCAUCUUUAAGAAAUUGUGCCUUUCAUUUUUCUGAACUUCUACAGAACUUUCUUUCCAGGUUAUUUGAUUCAACUCUUUAUGAUUUUGUCAUGUAAGCGUAUUCUAUGUAUUUAGUGUGGACUUUAGUUUCCGUGUAUUGGCAAGAGGUGCAUCAAUAUUUGAGAAUAUGAAAUGUAACUGUCUCAAAUUUGGAAUGUUAAUUUUGAACCUCCUGGGUAUUCAAGGAAUAUGAGGGAAAGUUUCAAGUUUUUAUUUCGUUCUCAACUUCAAAUAAUAGUAUCAUUAGCAAACAGAAGGUGACUGAUGCGUAGAGUUUUUGCUCCCAAGUUUCACAUCCUCCAUGAGAGACUGGCCCGGCCAUCCUCUUUUAUAGUAUUGAGAUUCUGUUAACCUGACAGAGAGUUGAGGGGCCAUAUGGGCUUGCCUCCAUUACUCGUAGCUUUUCGGGAAACCAUACAUUCCCCAUUAAGCAGAAUAUCAUGAGGGUUGUAGUUGUGCAUCACCUGACCUAGCUGGUUGAUCAUUUCUUAAAGCUCAUCUUCUUAAUGUUAUUUAUAUGUUCAUGAUCGAGGAUUGAUUUUACUUCUCCAUCUAGCUUCUCUAGGUGGGGGGUAGAUCCAGGUGGGGAAGUUGUAGACACGUUUCCAUAAUUUUUGUCUAGAGUUUUUUUUUACUAAACUUCUUUUGUUGGAGCUCGUUUUCUAUUAUUUCCUUCAACUAUACCUUUAACAGCUGGUUGGUCACUCGUACAACCUAAAUUGAAACAGCGUUCCAAGGAUCAUCAUUUUUCAGGUUUUCCUGGGGGAGGUUCUUCGGUUUGGGCAGGACAUUUAGUUCAUGUAGAGAUUCCUAGAUUCAAUGUCAGAUGGAAUUGCUUCUUAGAAAUCCUGGAAGGUUGGGCCCACUUUUUGGCAAUUGGUGGAAUCUGUGUCCAAACCCAAAUUCUACUAGUCAUUUGUUUUACCCCUAUCGUGUUCCUAAGAAUCUGGAGCCUUCAUGUUCUGAAGGUGACUUGACUUAAUCUCACAUCAUUGACAAAGAAGUGGAUUGAGUCGGGGAUGAUUUAUUUGUUCCCAUGAGAAAAUAAUUCCUAUUUUGGUAUCUCAAUGGCGAGUGCUCUGUGUGAUCAUGUUGCCCUUAUAGUGGUCGGCCAGUUGUUUCAGGACCUCUACACUGCCUCAUGUGUGACAAGUAGAUUCAUCUGUCUUCUCUGAUUAUGAGUGCGAAAAUGGGGAUUUGCAUCAUUUCUCAAAUGGAACAAAAAUCAUUGCAAGUGAACCAAAGGAAGCCCAUAUGGAACUUCGUCAAAUUCCAAUUACCUGACUGGUUGAAGAAGUGUAGCAUUGUCAACAAGGGCUGACUGCAGUCAGGAUGUGCUAAGGUGUUCAUUGUCUCCUGAAAAGCGGAAAAGUGACUAUUGGCGGUACUUCCCACUUUAAAGACUGUCAAUAGAAUGCAAGCAAUUUUAACCAUACUCAUUAAAUGACAGAAAUUCCCUAUGUUUGCUUUUACUGAUAAAUUAUCUAUUCCUCUGUAAUCAAAGCCCAAGGAUCUAUGAGCUCACGUUGGACUAACCGAUCAGAUCAAUAAUUCUGUAUUUUCAUGUUCUCUCCCAAAAGUUGAUUUGCGCAAGUAUUUCAUAGUUAUAAUGAUUACAAAGACUGAAUCCUUUUGCCAUUCAGUGCAAAAGGAACUUUCUCAAUUCAUUAAUUCGUUGGUAGAUAUUCAACUUAUGGAAACAUUAUUUUGUUCCUGGGAUUUUAGUUAUCCCCACGAUAAAUUUCUUAGUUCAUUGUUUAAAAAUGGGUUGCCUGGGGUUUGCUUUUCUUUAGGGCUUGAAGGUUCCUGCACCUGCUCCUGUCCUUCUCCCCCAAACCUGUCAUCUCUUCUUUGUUGAACUGUUAGACACGACAGUUCAAACAGGACCGUGACUAGGUACAUAUUUUGGAGGUGUGUUUUGUGAUGGUAACACCCUGGAAAGAAAAUAUAUCAGACUACUCCUUUCGGAAAGGACAAGGUUACACUGAGAGUCUGAAGCCUUUAUCGUGUCUACAGCAAACGGCUCUGAUACUGAUCUAGUCCCUUUUCUGAGGCCCAUUGUAACCUGGACCUAAUCCUAUCAGCGUUCAAUUUAUAAGUUUGUUCUUUGUUAGGUAAUAUAGUUCGACGAUUAUUACCAAAGAAGUUACGAACAUUGUGAAGAAAUGCCAUUUGUAAUUGAAAGGGCCUAGAAAAAGCUUCAUACUUGAACAUAAAAAGCUGUGCAACAGUCGCAAAAAGAUAGAGUUUCUGGUAAACAAUGAGUUCCAUUGAGGGAAAUAAAGCUUAUAUUUUUCUUUUAAUGAGCUUCUUAAUUGGAUGAUUUUGAAAACGCAGAAAUGCAACUAGCGUGUAUAUGGUCUUGUAGCUGUGUUUCUAUACUAACAACAUUAACUAGUGGGUAAUCAUGUUUUUUAAAAUUCUUGGGGAAGUUUUGCUAGGUUAGCUAUUUUAGUCGGGAACACUCAUAUGGAUGUUUUACUAAUAUUGUAUUAGCUUAAAAUAACAAAAGAUGAUAACUUUCUGUUGCAUACAGUGAGGGAUAUGCAUCAUAGCAUUUAUGAAUGAUGUAAUGGUGAUAUAUCUCUUUUUAGUUGCGUUCGUAAGAUGGGAAGAAAAUAUUAUUCUAACAAAUCGUUACUUUUACUCUAUAUCACUAUUGUUAACGUGGCGUUUUAUUUGGAUUCUUGUUCUGCUGGCUUUUUAGGUGACACAAAGUUAAGUGACUCCAUUAAAGGACAAACAUCCAUGGGUGUUCAUGCUGACAUUCGUGAAGAUAAGGCCUCCACAACUCGUGAAUUUCUGCAUGUUCUUAGGGAGCAAGCUACUUGGAAGCAAAUGAAUUAUCCUAGAGGUAUGUUCCACAACAACAAACGGAUGGAUAUGCACGGACUGAAUCCUGUGAAUUCGAUUAGAGUUGACAUGAAGCUUCUUCUAUAUUUCGAUGCAAGAUAUUGGGUCUCUUUAAAUUCUUUUAACAAGAAAAAUAACUAGACAUUCAAGGAUGAUUUUAUGCUAGUGGAUAAAAACUGGUUGGUACUCUUGGUUGAGCUAUUGAUCAUUAUGUUUCAACAAACUUUUAUGAAAUUGUUUAUAUGGAAAUUAUUAUGUUCUUUUCAUAUCUUCUGUCCAAGAACGCGUAAAAAUAUGAUCUCAAAUUGGAUAGCUGAGCCAAUUGGAGCCUGUUGGCAUGCUCUAUCAUUGGAAAUAUUCAACUAAGCUAGACAAGUAUAUUUUUUUUCCCAUUCGUGUUUAUUAUAUUAGAGCCCCUAAAAAUAUAUUUUUGUUACCAUUCGUGUUUAUUAUACUUUUUAAGAUUUGAGCAUGAGAUCUUUGAGCCAUAUUUUAUUCUCGUAUCUUAACUGUGCUCGGCCAAUGUGAAACCGUUCUGACAUGGUCCCUCGCAUGAAGGUAGAUGAUAGGGUUAGGGUGAUCAAGCUCUAAAUUAGUCGGAAUUGAGCGGUGGUCCACGUUUUUUAAGCUUGUUUAGUUUCUCCUAAUCAAUUUUGACUAAACUAACAAUUCGUUUAAGCCCAUUAGAGGAUUGGCUACCCUCCUCAUUUUAGACUGUGGGGCGUUGACUCCGGGGUGAGAAGGGAUGUUAAGAUGAGAAGUAUUGGCCAUUUUAGUGUUCUCAUCCCUCACAUAAAUCAGGAGAGUCUGACUCUGUGUUUAUUUAUAGCUGUCCGUUGAUGUCAACUGUGUACAGAGAAUGUAAGGGGCUCUCUCAAGAGUGAGAUUUCACUAUGAUCUACUGACAAAGUUCUUAUUUGGCCAGGACCUGAAGCUCCUGACUAUGGUAUUGCUUCACAUGGAGGGAAGAGACCCCUAUCUGCGCUAGUAAUUUCUGAAACUUGGCACUUGAGUGUCUUUUAGUAUGUGAUAUUUGUGUCACAGAAGUCAAAAUAUUCUCUUUUCUGCAACAGGGAGAUAGUGCAUUUUAUACCGAUCCUCGAGCAUACCCCCGUUCCCGCCUGGACAUCCCUUAUCCUGUCACAAGCUCAAGGUCGCUCCCCGUGAACUUGAAUCAUUGUGGUGGUGAUUGGAAAUAUGUACCCCCAUGCAUAUUUGACUUUAAUUGCUUUCCAGAUUAUUUAUUUCGAUUUUUGCUUCCCGAGGUUCAUUCGUUUGAUGUUUCACUACCACCUAAUUUUCUGUGUUCUGAUAUCAUUGUUUAUCAUAUUUGUCUUCUGUGGCAAUUCUUUUCAUGCUUCUUUCAGUUAUAGCUCUUUGCCUCAUAGCGUGGUGGGUGGUGCACCACUGGAUUACUAUCGUCCACCAAGCCAUCAUCAGCAAUAUGGAAUGGGUAUUCUUCAAAUCUCGGUGCUACCCAUAUGGAUACGAUACCAGAGUUAGUAAUCAUAAUAUCUGCUGUUUUCAGGACCCAGUUAUGGAGCACCAGACAUUUCAUUCCAGGUAUUCCUCAUUAAUGAAGACAUUGGCACAACGUUCUCCUAUCUACCAUAGAGAUUAAACCCAAGCAGCCAACUAUAGUUCUCUUGGGCUAUGUAAACUAGAUAGGUGUUAACUGCUUCUUGAGAUCGUCUUCCUGAGACCCUCUUUUCUCUCUGUAGAAAAUUCAUUUUGAUGACCAUACUUUUCAGUUGUCUUUAUGUCCUUGCAAUGCUAGAAGCUAUGUAGUUUGUACUUUGUAACCCCCACCCGAGAGUGGCGGAAAAUAUUCAUAUCUAACAAUAAUGGGUUCCUUUUGAUGAUUUUGUUUUCAGUUUCCACCACAUGGGAGAACAGGGAAUGCUCCGCCCUACAGAACCGGUCCUUACUCAAGAUGUAA